GUUAAGCGGGUUAAGCCGGGAGGCCUUGCCAUAGCCCGGUUCCUGGCUCUUUUUGAGAUUUUGUUCGCCUUUCGAGUAUCAUCUCUACCAGAUCGACUGCUACAACCGCUAUCGGUGAAACCCACCCGUCAGCCCAAGGCAAUGGGUCGAAAGCGGGACAAGGUGAAGUCCUGGUUCGGGGGCGGCACGACACUCAAACCUCCAGAUGUAGCCGAAUAUGACUCAGGCUCUUCAUUGUCGGCAUCUCAGUCUGCUCACAGCCCAGUCACUGGUACUUCUCAACCCGCGAAGACAGGAGUUGCACAGAGUUCUCGGCCCUUGUCUCACCCACCAUCACCGUAUGCGUCGCCUGCACCCGGUGAGCACAUUUCUCGGCCAGGCAGUCGGACUACGCCUGCACACCAAUUACCCAGCCUCGAUGCCGUCCCGCUUUCCGCAACUCAGACGAAGAAGGCGCUGUGGGUAAAGGCUUUUGAGACACUUCCAGAUGAGACGAGGGCUGCAUUGAUCCGCAACACUGGAACUGUCCAACCACCUGAGCAGAUACAGGAGCAGAUCCAGCAACUGGCCCUUGAGAAGCAGCGACAGGCAGAAGCCAAGACCUGGAAGUUCCGAUUCAACGGUCGACAUGUCAUUCUCCGGGAUGUGGCUGGCAAGAUCAUUGUUUGGCUGGACAAGAUGAAGGGGGUUGGAGAUGUUGCAGUCAGCUUUGAUCCGGUCCAUGGCGCCCUCCCGUGGGCAGCUGUUCGAUUUGUCUUGCAGGCUGCUACUGCGGACAGCCAACAGCACGGUCAGCUUCUUGUCGGCAUGGAGCAGGUGACGUACCUGCUGCUACGCUGCGCGGUGUACGAGACCAUGUACACCAAGGCCGACGUCCUGACCACUGACCAGUCUGCCCAGAACUUCGAAACAGCUCUGAUUCAGCUUUAUGCUAGCAUAUUAUCUUUCAUGGCCCUGUUCAUACGGUUGAUCUCUAAAAGCACUACACGCCGAGCCAUGCACGCGCUGUUCAAUGUAGACGAGCUUGGUCAGCACCUGGGAAACCUACAAACUCUGGAAUUGAGAGUUGAGGUUGAAUUUUCCAUUUUCGAGAGGAUAUACCAGCGACAACUUCAUCACAACCUCGCCGGGCGGUAUGGAGAGCUCCAGGGUGUUCUCACUUCCCAACUGCUCCGUCUUGGCGUAGAUGUCGAAAAGCUCUGGUCCCGCCAAGACAAGGAAAGGAACGCCGAGAUCCUUCAAUGGCUGUCUGGCAUACCUCACCUGAGCGACCACGACGCUGCUAGAGCCGGCCGUGUUGAUGGAACAGGCGAGUGGUUGCUGCGUCACCAAGUUUACAAUGACUGGCGGAACACAAGUGCCUCGAUGGUCCUUUGGUUGCACGGAAUACCUGGGUGUGGUAAGACCAAGCUCAGUUCCAAAGUCAUCGAUGGCUUGAUGGACCUUGUGAGUUCCAAUAUCAAUAACGAGGGUCUGGCAUACUUCUAUUGCGAUCGAAAUCAAGAGGACCAUCAGCAACCCUCACGCGUGCUCCAAAGUCUCGUCCGCCAGCUGGCGGCGAAAACGACAGAUGAGCUCAUCAUGUCUUUUGUUGUCGAUGUGUAUGAUGAGCGCAAAAGCACUGGAUUUGCCAUGAGCCAACUCACAGUGCAGGAAUGCCGGGACCUGGUGGUCAAAAUGCUAAGUCGAUAUUCGCAAACCACCAUCGUUAUCGACGGCCUGGAUGAGUGUAACAAGGAGACUAGGCACAUACUCAUGGAUGCUCUAGAGGAGUUUCUGAAUAGUUCUUCACACCCGGUCAAGAUCUUCAUAGCAAGCCGCAACGAUGGAGAUUUGAAGGCCCGGUACGAGAGCGGACAGCACCUUGAGAUCCAGGCCACAGACAACCAGCAAGACAUCGAGCAGUUCAUCAAGGACAAGCUUGACAAGAGCCCACAAUUUCGGUCCAAAAUAUCUAGCCAGACGCAGAUCAAGAUCGUAUCAACCUUCAGAAAGAAAAGCCAAGCAAUGUUCCAAUGGGCCGCGCUGCAUAUUGAUGAUCUCCUCAAACUCCGACGAGACCAGGAUGUGCUCCAGUAUCUUGAUGACCUACCCGAGGGCUUGAAGAACGCAUACGACAGGAUAUACCAUGAUAUAAAGUCCCGGAAAGGAAGCUGGGGGCAAGUUGCUGAUAGAGCAUUUCAAUGGCUCAUGGGUUCCUACAGGCCUCUGAGGCCUCAUGAGCUUGUGGCUGCAGCUUGCCAGGACCCAGAUACGGCUACGGUGUUUAAAGUCGAUAUAGACAUUGACUUUGUGCUUGAAGCCUGUCACAACCUCAUCACAGUCGUCGAAACGGAUGCGUUUGACAACGGGCGCGGCUCCGUGAGACAUGCCAAGAUCUGCCGCUUCGCUCAUUUAUCAGUCCAAGAGUAUUUCGAAACCCAUCACUGGUCCAAGCAACAGGUUAACCGAGCCAUGGCUUCUGUGUGUCUCGCCAUCUUGUUGAAAUCUGCGACCAACUGCCGCCUCCAUGGAUCGUCCCACGCCUCGCAAGGAUCACAAUCCAACAGCGUCAACCCAAAGCUGCUUGGCUGUGGCCCUCUCACCAACUAUUCACAAGGAUGGUUUUUCCACGUUCGUAUAGCGGACGCUGGAGAUGUCAAGUUGUAUCAAACCGACGCGCACUUUUUCGACUUGGUUGCCACCUUUUCCGCUCAUUACGCUGAAGACUGGAUACGGCGCUUCAAGUCCUACAAAUUCAUCAUCCCGCUGGGAGACGAAGCAAUCGACUUGUCUGUGGUACUCCUCGACAUCCAGUCUGGUCCUUUUGCACUGUUUGCUGCUUUGGGCCUGGCUGGGUAUUUGAAGGUCAUGUUCGAGGAUAACCCACCGCUUUUCGGUCGCUUGAUGGAGGAAACAGAAGAAAUGUUGACCAUGGCCGUUAAGUACGGCCACCUUGAUGUCUGCAGGCUCAUUCUUGAUGCUGGGGCCAAGGUACACGUCAACACUAUGAGUGCCCGUCAACGGAGCUCGCCUAUUCAGAUGGCAGCAUACAACGGGAGAGCGGACUUGGUGGGCCUCCUGUUGGCCAAUGGAGCGGAUGUGAACUGUCACCAGGGACUAUUCAAGAGUCCCUUAAUGGCUGCAGCAUCAGGCCAAGGAUCCAGCGAGACGGCCACCCUUCUCCUCGACGCUGGGGCUGACAUCAACAUAUGCUCCUUCAACUACGGCUCUGCCCUGCAGUAUGCGGCUUACAUGAAUCAUCAAGACAUGGUGAAGCUGCUGAUCGACCGCGGUGCUGACCCGAACCUCGAAGGCGGCUUCUUGGGUAUACCGAUCAUUGCGGCAGUUCUAGGGAAAUCAUCUGCCCUGGUGCCGCUUCUCAAAGCGGGAGCAGAUGUGAACAAGGUUGCCGGGUUUUACGGAACGGUAUUGCAGUUGGCAGUCCACCAGCGUUUCUCGACCGUGGUAAAUCUCCUCCUUGACCAUGGAGCGGAUCCCAAUGUAAGAGGAGGUUACUUUGGAAGCGCGCUGGAGGCGGCGAGCUGGGUUGAUCUACCCUUCCGGCGACUACGGGCCAUAUCUUUAUAA